AUGGAUUAUAUCAAUUUCUUAAAAGAAGACAACGCUGUUGAUCAAGUUUUGGUUUAAUUCAAUGAACAGAUUGACUCCACCUUCCAAUAAUAGAACCUUUAGGAAUAAAUAGAAGACAUAUCCAGAGAUCUAUCUAAACCCUUGGUCAUCGAUGAAAAAGUUUAUUACACUGUCCAUUAAACACCAUGGCAUUUGGUUACUCAAAAGGGAGGUUGCUGCAUUAUCAAAAAAGAAGGAGUCCUUGUGAUUGCUUCAUAUGAUGAAACUAAAGGUUAGAAUCCUAGCAGGUUUAGAAGAAGAAUGAGUUUACUUGAUAAAAUAAUUUGA